AUGACGUCAUUAAACAUAGAUGAAAGAGAACAAAAAAUGUUAUUCUGUCUAGCUCUGAUCUCGCUGUUAUGCCACGCGAGGGCGCAGUUACCCCCUGCUACCAACUAUUUAGGUGUAGGUUAUAAUCUUGUCCAAGGUAACCCUGAAGGUUCACUUUUUUUGAACGGAGGAUUAGAUCCUGGCUUACUGGGCAACAAACAAAUAUUUGAGCUUACCUAUACACUUGAUCCCUUCAUUCCCGAUCAAGCGGAGGUAUAUUACCCUGGCAACUGCACGGAUUCAUUCCAUAAAGAUAUAUUCUGGGGAACACUCAGUUACCAGAAUAUAUUGAACGAGUUUGUCGCACGGAACGAUACGUUGGUAUUUUUGGUUGGUUACGAGUAUGUGCAAAGUGACGGUUAUGUGGAGGUGGAUCAAUCCUCCAACGUCCAAGGUCACGUGUAUUUUGAUGAAAGACAGAAGACAUACUGCGGUUAUGCCAGGUACAAAACUGAAGAAGCUGAUGCAAAACAAUAUCCUGUAUCAACGGGUUUUGCCGCUGCUGUGUGCGCAUUGUCACCGACAUAUAACGAGGAAGAAUAUAUGGAUUUCAUAGACACGUGGGGAACGCACGUAGUAGUGGAGGUAACGUAUGGUUCACGAGUGACAAAAAGACAUAAAGACGAAUGCCCAGAUUUUGUUGCCUAUGCAGCCGGCGAGAGUCCCAGCAGUAUACAACAAGGUGGUCCAUACCUGUCAUGGCCGGAAUCACUCAUUGUUGAUAUGCAUGAUUUCGUCGCCAAUUCUGACAGCACAACUGAAUUUGGAUCUGAGAAAGGAGUGUUUGAAACCGGUGGCGGUGAUGCCCUCACCGAGCCAAUUGGCUUAGUAUUGAUCACGGUGGCUGAGGCCGCUGAUCUGACUUAUUGGAGGAGAUUUUGCAACUACGUGGUCGACGGGUUUUGUGAACUGGAAGAUUUAGUAGAUAUGCCAAAUCGACGAGCAUUCAUCGAAACCGCUCUCCAGAAUUAUGCGAAUUAUAAAGGAUUGGAGUCAUCAUCAAAUCCAAUUGUACAGACCCCGCUGACAUGGCCUGAAGGCUCGUACGGAAUACCGGAUACCACCUCGGAUUGCCCGUUAGCACCAGAUUUUGUAUGGGAGACUGGUGCUCGAUUUCAAGAUACAGAAAACUCUGGCACAGGAAAUGAUUGGAGCACACCGUACAACUUGAAAGGACCGUAUUUCCAAAAUGACAUGCAACAGAAUUUCUGCAUGAAAACACUGGCCACUUCGACACAGUAUGACUGGAGCUGGGGCGAAGGUGAAUACUGCAUAUACAGGAAAGGUGUCUGCCCAGCAAAUUUUUUUGGAGGUUAUGUGUCAUGGGACGACGAAGAUGACACGCCACAGAAUAACAACCUAACGGGUACCUUGCCUGAUGGUGUCUAUGACCGAAACACAUUGAUCUACUUUUGUUGCCGAGAAGACGGCAGCGCGAACAGACCGAUAUAUCUGCCAACUGACCAGCCAUUUGCGUUAAUAAAACGUACCGCGUCCUGUCAACAAGUUGCCAACAUGACAUACUCCGAGGAGUGGUUUAAAUGGGACAAUGAGGACACUUUUAACGAGGAUGAGGUCUUUGGAUUUGGCCCAUAUAACACUGGUGGCGUUUCAGAACACCAGCUGCACUACUGUGUGUAUUUCUAAACAACGCUACGUUUACUCCUAGCGUGGUCAAAUAUUUGUAUUGCUUACAUACGUAUUUUGUGCGUGCAUAAAGACAACUC